AUAUAAUAACUUUUCAAAAAAUAAGAAAGAAUAAAAUAAAGAGUUUCAAAACGACAUCAAUAUGACAAUAGGAACACAAAAGAGAUAAUGGUAAUUUAAUGAAGAUUGAACACCUCGCUUAGCGUUGCUUAACCUCCACCGCACCGUCAUAAUCAAAUUCCUAUAUACCCUUCUAACCGUCUUUGCUUACUCACUAAGGAACUUUCCCAGAGAACCAAGAAAAGAGAUUUUGAAAAUGGGUCUACUUUCUAACAGGGUUGAUCGAAACAGUCUUAAAUCUGGGGAUCACAUCUAUUCUUGGAGGACCGCUUAUAUUUAUGCCCAUCAUGGUAUUUUUGUUGGGGAUAAUAAAGUGAUCCACUUCACUAGGCGCGGUCAAGAAGUAGGAACAGGGACUGUUUUGGAUGUUCUGUUAGUAAGCUCAGGACCUACUCGAACGCAUGUACCAUGCCCUACUUGUAUUCCUCCCGAAGAAGGCCAUGGGGUUGUCUCAUCAUGUUUAGAUUGCUUCCUUGCGGGUGGCAUCUUGUAUCGCUUUGAAUACGAUGUCAAAGCCACCCUUUUUGUUGCUAAAAUGCGUGGCGGGACAUGCACUCUUGCUGCGUCAGAUCCCGAUGAAACUGUGGUGCAUCGAGCAAAAUACCUACUUGACAAUGGCUUUGGCUUUUACAAUGUCUUCAAGAAUAACUGUGAGGAUUUUGCUAUAUAUUGCAAAACAGGGCUUGUUGUCAUUGACCAAGUGACGAUGGGCCAAAGCGGGCAAGCAGUGUCACUUAUCGGGGGCCCACUCGCAGCUGUUCUUUCAACACCAUUGCGUUUUUUAACUGCCAGCCCCUAUGGAAUGGCUGCAAUGGCCGUGGGUGUAUACUGCACAAGCAGAGUUGCAGCUGAUAUUGGCAUGAGGAAGGAUGUCAUGAAGUUGGAGGUUGAGGACCUAACGAGGCGGCUAGCAAUUGGUGCUCUUCAGGUACUAAACCCACAACUUCCAGCUCCACUUGUCAGCUAGUGCACUGCUGCUUAUCGUGGUUGUCUUUAACACGGGAUUCGUUUAUUUAAUUUAAUAACGCUGUUUAAAUUCUCAAAUUAAACUUGAUACCGUGCUAAUAGUGUCGGAGUGCAAAAUCUUGAGCACUAAUGAUUUGCUGGACAUCAGCUCAGUUGGCAUCAGUCAUAAUGACUGUUGUAAGUUGAUGACAUUUUGUAAUGUUUGUGAUCUGUCUAGUUUGUUUAAUGAAAACCGAUGUGCUACACUUUUACUUGAUGUGGACGAUGCAUUUGGUUUUCCUGUGAUUUUUGUUGACAGAAGUUACAAUCCAUGAA